CGCGCCUCGGCAGAAGGAGCGAAGCUCUGGCCCGGCGCGAAGUUCGCGUUCUACGGGGAUGCUGGGCCGGGCACCGGGCUGUGUGGAGAAGUGAGCGCGCUCGCCUGACCCCGUCCUCGCCACUCCGAGCCAGAAGGGGCGAGCUCCUGAGGCCCUCGUCCUCCGCAACCUCCGCCCGGCGGCGUCGGCGUGCUCUCGGCCCGGCCAGCUCGCAGCCGCCUACCCUCCCGUGCCCCCGCCCUGCCGCCCCUUGUCCGCCCAGCGGCCGGGUCUGUGGUGUUAGCAGCCUGAACAAGACCACUCAAGGUGAAGGAUAUCUACUAAUACCAGCACUUUGAAUGAAAAUUUGUUUCUCUGCCACAAACUGAACACUUUUUUGUGUGUCUUGGGCGGGGGAGUUGAAAUACAAACCUAAUUUUGUGGCAUAGCAGCUAUGCAGCUUGAAAUCCAAGUAGCACUAAAUUUUAUUAUUUCAUAUCUGUACAAUAAGCUUCCCAGGAGACGUGUCAACAUUUUUGGUGAAGAGCUUGAAAGACUUCUUAAGAAGAAAUAUGAAGGGCACUGGUAUCCUGAAAAGCCAUACAAAGGAUCAGGGUUUAGAUGUAUACACGUAGGGGAGAAAGUGGACCCAGUGAUUGAACAAGCAUCCAAAGAGAGUGGUUUGGACAUUGAUGAUGUUCGUGGCAAUCUGCCGCAGGAUCUUAGUGUUUGGAUCGACCCAUUUGAGGUUUCCUACCAAAUUGGUGAAAAGGGACCAGUGAAGGUGCUUUAUGUGGAUGAUCAUAAUGAAAACGGAUGUGAGUUGGAUAAGGAGAUCAAAAACAGCUUUAACCCAGAGGCCCAGGUUUUUAUGCCCAUAAGCGACGCAGCCUCAUCAGUGUCCAGCUCUCCAUCUCCUCCCUUUGGUCACUCUGCUGCUGUAAGCCCUACCUUCAUGCCCCGGUCCACUCAGCCUUUAACCUUCACCACUGCCACUUUUGCUGCCACCAAGUUCGGCUCCACCAAAAUGAAGAAUAGUGGCCGAAGCAACAAGGUUGCACGUACUUCUCCUGUCAACCUCGGCUUGAAUGUGAAUGACCUCUUGAAGCAGAAAGCCAUCUCUUCCUCAGUGCACUCUCGGUAUGGGCUUGGCCUGGGUAGCCAGCAGAAGCCACGGCAACAGCAACAGCCGUCCCAGCCACCGCCGUCACCACCACCACAGCAGCAGCAACAGCAGAAAACCUCCGCUCUUUCUCCGAACGCCAAGGAAUUUGUUUUUCCUAAUAUGCAGGGUCAAGGUAGUAGUACCAAUGGAAUGUUCCCAGGUGACAGCCCCCUUAACCUCAGUCCCCUCCAGUACAGUAAUGCCUUUGAUGUGUUUGCAGCCUAUGGAGGCCUCAACGAGAAGUCUUUUGUAGAUGGCUUGAAUUUUAGCUUGAAUAACAUGCAGUAUUCUAACCAGCAAUUCCAGCCUGUUAUGGCUAACUAAAAAGAGAAAAGAUGUAUUGUACAAGUGAAAAUGCUCGGACCCAAGGGGGAUUUUUUUUUUUUAUAUAAAACCUCCUUGAGAUUUUUUUUGUUAAGCUUAUAGUAAGGAUACAUUCAAGCUUGGUUACAAAAAUAAAACAUGCAUCAUUUUUCAUUGCCAACCAAGCACAAAGUUAUUUUAUACUGACCGUAUAUUUUAAAGUAUACUCUCAGAUAUGGCCUCUUACAGUAUUUAAGAUAUAGCAAGGACAUGGCUGAUUUUUUUUUUUUAUAAAAAAUUGGCACUAAUAAGUGGGUUUAUUGGUCUUUUCUAAUUGUAUAAUUUAAUUUAGUACAAAGUUUGUAAAAUAUCAGAGGAUAUAUAUAUUGUUUCUACGACAUGGUAUUGCAUUUAUAUCUUUUUACUACAGUGAUCUGUGAUAGCAGCAGCUUCAUGUUGUAUUUUUUUUACUGAAAUUGUAAAAUAUCCAUCUUAAAGACAUCAACUAUUCUAAAUUGUGUACAGGAUAUUCCUUUAGUGGUGGAAUUAAAAUGUACGAAUAUUUGCUUUUUCAAAAAAAUGUAUUUUCUGUUAAAGGUUUAAAGAUUUUUGCUAUAUAUUAUGGAAGAAAAUGUAAUCGUAAAUAUUAAUUUUGUACCUA